GACGCAAUGACGUCGCCACUUUUCAUAGUGUUUACGUCAGAUGAGAACGCGUUAACGUCGUUUCUGAGGUUGAAGACACUGAAACACUGGUCUCAGCCUGGCGAUGGGUCUGCUGGAGGACUGUCGGGACCUGUUCGGAUCCUCAGACCUGUAUGAGGUCCUGGGUGUGCCGCUGUCGUCCUCGGAGGCCGAGGUCAGGAGAGGUUACUACAAAACCUCUCUGCAGGUCCAUCCAGACCGGGCGCCCCAAGACCCGCAGGCCACCAGCAAGUUCCAGACUCUGGGGAAAGUGUACGCUGUGCUGAGCGUCGCAGAGCAGCGAGCCGUGUACGACGAGCACGGCAUCGUUGACGAAGAGUCGGACACUGUGAAAGAAGGACGAGACUGGGAUGAAUACUGGAGACUGCUGUUUCCUAAAGUCACCCUGCAAGACAUCGUGAACUUCGAGCAGACGUAUAACGGUUCAGAUGAAGAGCAGCAGGACCUGCUGCGUCUCUACAGAGACUGCAGCGGGGACAUGGACCAGAUCCUGGACUCAGCUCUGUGCUGUGGACCGGACGACGAGCCACGGGUCAGACACAUCCUGCAGGCAGCCAUCGACGGCGGCGACCUGCCAGCUCUGAGAGCGUUCACACACGAGAACCGCAGAAAGAAAGCGGCACGAAAACGCAAAGCGGACACUGAGCGUGCUCAGUCUGAGCAGCUGAAGAAGGAGCUCAGUCUGGACGAGGUCAACGACCUGUCGUCCGUCGUCAAGAGGAGGGCAGCGUCUCGUGAGGCCAGCUUCAGUUCUCUGAUCAGCAGCAUGGAGGAGAAAUACUGCAACAACAAACCUGCCAAGAAGAAGAAGAAGUGAGGAGGAGGAGGAGGUUUUGAUGAAUGAGCAGGUCAGUUAUUGAAACACAGCUGUCCCUGUCUGUGUCUCUGCUGGUCAAACUGGUUGCUGGUCUGUGGAUCAGAUUCAGCCGUUCACUAACACUUACAAUGAUUUAAUGUUUCAUGUGUUUAUAUUUCUGGUGGAUAAAUGUUUCAGCUGACUGAGUGUUAGCGUUAGCAUUGUAGUUUUACAUGGUAACAAACAGUCAUCUGUAUUUAUUUAUUUAUUUGUUUAGUUUCCUGAUUAAAAACAUGUUCCACUCA